CAUUUGAAAUUUAUUGUCAAUCAGUGUUGCUUCCUAGUUGGACAGUUUGAUUUCACAGAAGUGUGAUUGACUUGGAGUUACAUUGUGUUGUUUAAGUGUUCCCUUUAUUUUUUUGAGCAGUGUAUAUAUAUAUAUAUACAGUGCAUUCGGAAAGUAUACAGACCCCUUCCCUUUUUCCACAUUUUGUUACGUUACAGCCUUAUUCUAAAAUAGAUUAGAUUAAAUAUAUUUUUUUCUCAUCAAUCGACACACAUAAAUACCGUAUUUACAUAAGUAUUUAGACCCUUUGCUAUUAGAGCUCAGGUUCAUCCUGUUUCCAUUGAUCAUCCUUGAAAUGUUUCUUCAACUUGAUUGGAGUCCACCUGUAGUAAAUUCAGUUGAUUGGACAUGAUUCGGAAAGGCUGUCUACAUAAGGUCCCACAGUUGACAGUGCAUGUCAGAGCAAAACGAAGCCAAGAGGUCGAAGGAUUUGUCUGUAGAGCUCCGAGACAGAAAAUGUCAGCAGCAUUGACGGUACCCAAGAACACAGUGGCCAUCAUAAAUGGAAUAAGUUUGGAACCACCAAGACUCUUCCUAGAGCUGGCUGCCUGGCCUAACUGAGCAAUCGGGGGAGAAGGACCUUGGUCAGGGAGAUGACCAAGAACCCGAUGGUCACUCUGACACAGCUCCAGAGUUCCUCUGUGGCGAUGAGAGAAUUGUCCAGAGCACUGCACCAAUCAGGCCUUUAUGGUAGUGGCCAGACGGAAGCCACUCCUCAGUAAAAGGCACGUAAUAGCCCGCUUGGAGUUUGCCAAAAGGCACCCAAAGGACUCUCAGACCAUGAGAAACAAGAUUCUCUGGUCUGAUGAAACCACAAUUGAACUCUUUGGCCUGAAUGCCAAGCGUCACGUCUAGAGGAAACCUGGCACCAUCCCUACGGUGAAGCAUGGUGGUGGCAGCAUCAUGUUGUGGGGAUGUUUUUCAGUGUAGAUAGUGUUAAACAAAUCAGAAUAUAUUUUAGAUUUUAGAUUCCCUUUGCCUUUGCCUUGAUGACAGCUUUGCACACUCUUGGCCUUCUCUCAACCACCUUCAUGAGGAAAACUUUUCCAACAGUCUUGAAGGAGUUCCCACAUAUGUGACUCGUUUCAGGAAACGUGGUGUUUCAGGAAACUAGGCGUAUGUCGCAAGUCACGACUUCACAUGAGAUUUGAACGUUUAUUUAUAUUUUAUAUCAAAAUGCAUUUUUUUGGCAGAAAUGCCUUCUGGAACAUUUUAACUUUCAUGUGCCUUAAUAACAAACUUGUAUGCCAUCUGUAAAUAAGAAUAAAGUUGUUAAAUUACAAGCCUAGUUGGUUUAGCCACAGAAAAAGUCAGGAACCUUCCCACUAGCCAUGAUUGGCUGAGAUAAUGAAUUGGCUGUACAUGCCGAGAGAUGAGUUUCGGAUUGGUCUGCCGUGUAGAAUCUUCUGUCUAUAAAAUGAGCUGCUCGUUAUGUGUAGAUAAUCCUUCUGCUGCAGUUUUUUCAAAAGAUAUAACAUUAGCCAUGGAGAACUGGAAAUGUGUUGCUAAUGCUCUCAAUAACAUUUCUGCCUUGAAUAUAUCAGGCGCUAUCGACAAAGGUCAGUGGGAAAAAGUUGUGAUGGACUACUUUCAGGAGGACGAUAGCACCAUGCUGACUCUCUCUGACUCUGAAAAUGAAUCAGACGUUGAGGAUAUCCCUGAUUUAGGUAGAAACAUUUUCAUUGAAGAAGACAUUGUAGAGGCUUCUGAUGACAGUGAUGGGGGAAGAAACGGCGAUCAACAUAGUUGUUGUCACGGAAGAAGUUGACCAAGUUUAGAAAUCAGUGGAAUGUCUGGUAGAAGCAGAGUAUGAUAAGGAGAUGAAUAGAAUUCUGUCGUUUGAUUGCAAAUGCAGAGGGAGUCGAAAAGAGAACACAGGUGGCUGUUGUAUAAAACACCUGCCUCCGGAUGACAUCUUCAAACUAAGGGCAACCAUGGCAUCCGUGACAGAGAGAGAGAAAGAUUUGAUGAUUCUUAUGGCAUUGCACACAGUCAGUGUGAACCAGAGUGACUUGACAGAACAACGGGCCAAGCAAGCUGUACAAACUAAACGGAAACGACACAGGACGUCUUAUUUAAUGAAAGGGGUUGCAGUCUGCCGUGAAGCGUUCAUCCAUGCAUACAGCAUCAGUAGAGCACGUCUUACUCUCCUCCGCCAGUCAUACAAGGAGAAUGCCUCCCAUCAAAAAGAGAGCUGUCCCAAGCAAGAACAGGUUACACCUGAAGCAUGAGUGAAGGACAGUACUGUGACGGGUCAACAUCCCACAGCUGGUUGGACUGGAGGAUGGUACGGUGCUGGUGGAAAGCUAUGGCUGGCAACAACACCUGGCUCUGUACUUCAGGCCGCUGACACAGAUCAAGCAGUACCAGCACUUCAGCCUGGUGUUGUUGUCGCCAAGGAGCGUUCGGACUCAGUCGGGACCAGGUUUCAGCUGCUGCACAUCGCUGACAUCCUCCCUCCCGUAGAUGGUCUGCUUGUACAAGCACCACCUGGACUGGACACAGCUAGACAAACUCAUCUUUUUGAGAAGAUCAGGGAGUUUUGUGACUAAGAGGCUAUGUACAUCACAUGCCCUGCACCAAAGGCAAGGGCAGGACAUCAACGGGAUCUCCAAAUGUAGAUCCCUUUGUUCAUUCGUGGUUCGGACGGACCAGUUCAUCACUGGGUACAAUGGCUCCCUACCCAACGGAGACAGGGGGAGGCGGAAAAGCCGCUUUGCACUGUGCCGGAGACCCAAGGCCAGCGGGGUGAAACCCAGCACAGUGCACGUGGCGUGCACACCUCAGGCAGCCAAGGCCAUCAGCAACAAGGACCAGCACAGUAUCUCCUACACUCUGUCCCGGGCCCAGACGGUGGUGGUGGAGUACACUCAUGACAGCAAUACAGACAUGUUCCAGAUUGGGCGUUCCACAGAGAGCCCCAUAGACUUUGUGGUGACGGACACGGUGCCUGGCAGCCAGCAGAGCCACGGGGGGGAGGGCCAGACCCAGACCCAGCCUAUCCAGAGCACCAUCUCGCGCUUCGCCUGCCGCAUCAUCUGCCAGCGGAGCCCGCCGUACACCGCUCACAUCUACGCCGCCGGCUUCGACUCCUCCAAGAACAUCUUCCUGGGGGAGAAGGCAGCCAAGUGGAGGACACAGGAAGGACAGAUGGACGGGCUGACCACUAAUGGCGUGCUGGUGAUGCACCCUCGCCACGGCUUCACACAGGACUCCAAGCCGGGCGUGUGGAGAGAGAUCUCUGUCUGUGGCAACGUCUUCACCCUCAGAGAGACCCGCUCUGCCCAGCAACGGGGCAAGAUGGUGGAGAGCGAGAGCCAGGAACUGGUGGAUGGCUCGCUGAUCGACCUGUGCGGCGCCACCCUCCUGUGGCGCACGGCCGAGGGCCUCUCGCGCACUCCCACCGUGAAGCACCUGGAGGCCCUGAGGCAGGAGCUGAAUGCCGGGCGGCCCCAGUGCCCCGUGGGUUUCAACACCCUGGCCUUCCCCAGCCUCCGCCGCAAGGAGAUCCUGGAUGAGAAACAGCCCUGGGCCUACCUCCGAUGCGGCCAUGUGCACGGCUACCACGCCUGGGGAGGCCAAGGACGGGAGCCCGAGGAUGAGGUGGUGGAGGUGGGCCGUGAGAGGGAGUGCCCCAUGUGCCGAACCAGGGGGCCAUAUGUACCGUUAUGGCUGGGGUGUGAGGCGGGGUUUUACUUGGACGCGGCACCGCCCACACACGCCUUUAGUCCGUGUGGUCAUGUGUGCUCGGAGAAGACAGCGGCGUUCUGGAGCCAGAUCCCGCUGCCACACGGCACGCACACUUUCCACGCCGCGUGUCCGUUCUGCGUGCAGCAGCUGGCCGGCGAGAGCGGCUACCUCAGACUCAUCUUCCAAGGGCCCUUGGACUAGAUAAUGGACAGCGGUCUCCUCCCAAACCCCAACUGACGCUUCACAACUACCAGGGUUGUGAUCAUUAAGGCACACAACCGAAAACAUCUUAAAACAUUUUGCAACAGAAAAUGAACAUUUUAGUUUCUUAUUGGACAAAUCCAGGUAGUCCCUCACUGUUUCAGACAGUUUUCUUCUGUUUGGUGGCUAAUGAACAUGACCCAAGACCCCAACUGACGCUUCACAACUACCAGGGUUGUGAUCAUUAAGGCACACAACCGAAAACAUCUUAAAACAUUUUGCAACAGAAAAUGAACAUUUUAGUUUCUUAUUGGACAAAUCCAGGUAGUCCCUCACUGUUUCAGACAGUUUUCUUCUGUUUGGUGGCUAAUGAACAUGACCCAAGGGCCAUUAAAUAACCAAGUGAAUGGUGGAAAAACAGCUUAAAGGACUGUUAAACAUUUCUUAACUUAAAUAUUUUGGAGAGCUACGGAAUACUUUUUUGCUUUUUUUCCAAGUGACCUUUUUUCUAGCAGUGCUGUUUUCGAUACUAUAAUUCUAUUUUUAUGUUAACAAUAAAAAAGCGCUACAGUAUAUGCUAACACAGAAAACUCUUCCACAGGUGCAGAUUUGUAAUGUUCUGAUGCAAAAUCCAUUGUGAGGCUGUGUGUGUGUGGCUUGACGUUUAUAGUCGUUUCUUUUUCUAUCUGAAACUUAUGAGGCAAUUGUAGCAGAAACAAGCAUACUUUGUAAUGCUAGCUACUGUUUUGGAAUGACCUCCUUUUUCUUAGACAUGAAGACCCAUGUUGUUAAACUAGGCCUCAAUAUUUGGCGAUUGCAUAAAAAAAGUGCUUAUGGCCUUGUACCUUUUUUACCAUGAAUCCCAACAUGUACUCUAUCUUAAUGCUAUCAAUCACCACAUCAACACGUAGGUAUAAGGUGGUAUUAGCAGUGGAAGAAUUACAUAAUACAAAAUAAUAUCACUUUUCUCUCUGUGUACCCUUCUGAACAAGGACUGGAGAAACAGAUCUAUGAAUUGACUGAUGGAAACUUGUUGACAAUGACACAUAUCUGAAUGUCCAGACUGUGUUCAAAGCAAGUGAUCAGUUUUUUUUUUUCAAUUGAAGUGUGGCCCUAAACACAUUGACUUUUCAGAUGGUAUGAAAGUUUUCCCCUCUCAUCUUCCAUGUGUACCUGCAUUCAGUGUGUAUAUAAUAUUUAUGUUUAUGUUUGUGUGUAUGUUACUUUACCCAUGUAUCGUCUUCUGAUCUUAAUUUACGCAGUGAUUUGUACCCCAAUUUGAGUAAUGUGUGAGAGCUUAUUUUCUUUACCGUUCAACCAACUUACAUUCAUGUUUCACCAGUUUGUUCUGCUUUAUAUCUUCUUGAUCGCCUGAUGCCUUUAUACAGGAUGUUGAGUAUUAUUUCUGCAAAGAGGGUUGCUGUUGCAGACAACAGAUUUUUUUUACCAAUUGGAAACAAUAAAAGUUAAAAGCUUUUAAAUUGUU